AUGAUUAUCUCAUGUUUAUUUCUUUGUCUUUUACACUCAGCAUUUUCACAGAUCACCUGUGUCGCCAAUGGUAACAAUUGGGCAGACGGAUUUAAUAAUUCAAAAUGUUCAACAAGUUCUACGCCGACUUCCAUUUAUUUAUUUCCAUACGAUUUUAAGUUCGAACAGCAACUCACUUUUUAUAUAAUUAAUGUCGCUAAUACAUUGACCUUUUCUUCUUCUGGCAGUUUUAAAAUGGUAGUCAGAUAUUUUGAGAUAUCCAAAAAUUGUAUAUUGACUACAGAAAAUACAUUUCUCACUCAAAUUGCACUGAACAUAUCCAAUAAUGCACGUUUAAAUAUCAAUGCAAAUUUUUACUUUGCAAAUGACAUCAACAUUGAAAAUCCACAAUUAAACCUUCCGAGAAUAGUCGUCUGGAACAGCUCAAGUAUUCAACUUUUUAAAACUGUUACUAGUUUCUUUCCAAUUAAUAUAGUUAACCCAACAACCAAUAACAAGUGUUUUGAUGUGUUUUCAAUCCGAAAUUCUGAAGUUUUAAAUAGUGGAGAGUAUAAAUUUGGUUCAUAUAAUUCCACUGAUUUUCCACUAACUCUAAAUAGCGGGUCUUUAUACCUUUUAUCUAACAAAAAGUUACACAGAUUUUGUCCAAAGUAUGUUACUUUAGAUAAAAAUGUAGUUUGUAAAUUAAUAAGUUCUAGUUACAAAACAGAGUAUAUUGUAAACCAAACAGAAAAAUAUCCAUUUGAAUAUCCACAUUGUCCUUGUGAAUCAAAUGAUGGUACUAUUUGCACUUUAAAAUUGAUAUCAACACUUUCUAAAUUCGAUUUUAAAAAAUCAAUGAUGAUGAACACAAGUGUCGUCGUAGAACAUAACACUGAUAUUAUAAAUGUCAAUUCAGUGAAGGAAUUUGUUAUUUCUGAUAAUGUAAAAAGCACUAUAACCGGAUUUUUGACAUUUUCACGUUACUCGUUUUCUUUUGGAACUGCAAGGUUUACAGCUUUAACUGCUUUCAUUGACACAAUCGACUUUUUCACAAAUUCGUCGUCAAAUUUGUUCCUUUGCAAACACAAUUCAAGUUACAUUUUAAGUUUCAACAAUAGUGUAAAGCAACUUAAAGUCGAUUUUAAUGGUACUAUUUCGAAUUUCACAUUUUCUGGAAAUUCAUUUUUUGAAAUUGGUAAAAAUGUCGAGCAAAUUAAUACAAUUUCCGUGAUAAAUUCUUAUACUGAAAGUUUCUUUCAUGUUACAAACACAAAAAUUUUAUAUUCAGAUAUGGCGAAUUGUAUUUUAUUUUCUGUUAAUAAGACUCGGCGGGUUUGUAUUGAAUGUGAUAGCAAUUAUUAUUUAAUAAAUAACACAUGUCAAUAUAUAACUCCAGACUGUGAUAUAUUUAAUUUAAAAAACAAAUGCGUGUUAUGCAAAAGUGGAUUUUUAUUAUCAGAAAAUGGCGAAUGUCUCACAUCAACUACUUCGUGUAUAGUAGGUUCAUAUAAUAACUGUAUUAUGUGUAAAAGUGGUUAUAUAAAUCAAAGAGGAACUUGCAUUAAAAAUGACAAUUGUAGCAUAUCCGAUGGAAAUUUGUGUUUAAAAUGUUCGAAUGGAGUAAUAAGAGGAAGUUGUGAUGUAAAAUGUGGAAAUGAAAAUUGUGAGUUGUGUGACACUUUAACAGAACAAGAUCAAAAUUCAAAUAAUUUUUUUAACAAUGAAAAAUGUGUAUUAUGUGAAUAUAAUCACUUUUUUAAUAAAACGACUUUUUCAUGUGAAACUGUUGAGUACAACAUUCAAAUUGGUCUUUCUUAUGUUAUUCAAAAUUCGAUAAUUUCGUGUGAUGAUUCAUAUUAUCUUGAAGCACAAAAUUGUAUUAAUUGCUCUUUAAAAUAUUCAAAUUCAAAAGUUUGUAACAAAAAUUAUAUUUUAGAGUGUCGAGACAAUUAUUAUAUAGAAGAAAAUGAUUUAUGUGUUUCUACUGAAUGUAUUAAUAACAAUCAAGUAAUUGAUUUAAAUGGUAAAUGUGUAACAAAAAUUGAUAAUUGUUUAUAUCAUUUGAAUGGCAAAUGUGUCGAAUGUGAUAAUGGGUAUUACAUAGUUACUUAUUUUGAUGAUAUAAAUAAGACAUUAAUAACUUAUUGUUCCUUAUUAAAUAUGACAAACACUGUAUAUCAAAAUUGUUUAUUAAAUAAUCCCUUUGGGUGUAUCAAGUGUAAAGACACAUAUUAUCUAUCAAACGGACAAUGUCACAAAUGUGGAGAAGAAUGUGACAAUUGUGCUAUAACCAACUCCACGUGUAUAACAUGUAAAAAGGAUUUUUAUUUAUCUAAAAAUCACAAAUGUAUAUCAAAUAAAGAAUUGAUGGAUAAAUGUGUGAAGUUUCUUGAGGCAUCUUCUGGGUGUUCGCAGUGCAAAGAUGGGUAUUAUCGAAUUGGACUUGAGUGUGAAUUAUGCCCAUUAAAAUGUGAUACGUGUAUCUCUGAAACAACAUGUGUCACAUGCAAUACCUCUUAUUACAAAACAUCAACGGGUGAUUGUAUGUCAAAAAGUAAUAUCGAUCAUUGCAAUGUGCCAAUCACACAAAAAGGCUGUUCAGAGUGUGAAGAUGGCUAUUAUAUCAUAAACACAAAUGAGUGUGCACAAUGUUCUUCAAAUUGUUCUAAGUGCUCUUCAUAUAAUAUCUGCAUAUCUUGUGAUUCGGACAAAAUUCUUUCAAAUGGCAAAUGUCUUCAACUCUCUUUAAUAUCAAAAUGUUUAAAAAUUGAUAAUUCAAAAUGUGAGAAAUGUGAAUUUUGGCAUAGUCCAAGUGCAACUGGCAUGUUCUGUGAGAGUAAAGCGGCGUGGUGGGUGAUUUUUAUAAUAAUCGUUAUUAUUAUAAUUUUCAUCCUUGCGAUAUUUAUAGUGGCUGUUUUUAUAAUAAAAUGUGUGAUUUUUAAAUUGAAAGAAAAUGAAAUAAAUGCGGAGACGUGCAUGUUUGAAAUGAAAAGGUCUAAUAUACAAUUUGUCACAUUAGGAAAUGACACUGUUGUGAAUAAAAAGGAAAUAAUUUUCAACGAAGGAGAAGACGUGGAUGUGGAUAAGAAAACACGCGAACUCUUUUGUGUUGGUAACACUUCAAAACACAACAUGAAAGUGCAACUCACAACUAAAAGUGAAAAUGAGAAAAUUACAAUUGACAUUGAACCAAAGUUUAUAAUUUUGAAAUCACAAUUUGCAUGUGAAUUUGAAAUUUUUGUCACAUUAAAAUGCACCACAAAAAUCUCCGAAAAUUUGGUGGUAGUGGCAAAUUCUUUUAUUGGAGACAAACAAAUUGUGAAAGAGAUAAAGUAUUAUGUCUCUUCCAAAUUAUCUUCUAAACUUGAUUAUGACGAGUUGAUAGAAGAGAAGAAACUUGGCGAAGGAUCAUUUGGUGUUGUAUAUAAAGGUACAUUCAGAGGGAAUACGGUUGCAAUUAAAAAGAUGAAAGAAGUUUCAUUAAACUUAAGAAGUCGAAUGGUUGAGUUUGAAAAAGAGGUGAAUAUGUUAGACAAAUUUAGAAGUGAGUAUAUAGUACAUUUCUACGGCGCCGUGUUUAUACCAAAUCACAUUUGUAUGGUCACCGAAUUUGCAGAAUAUGGAUCUUUACAGGACUUGAUCAAACACAAGAAGAGUGAUGAAAUAUCAAACAAAAUACGUGUCAAAAUGCUGUUGGAUGCAGGAAAAGGAAUAUUGUAUUUGCAUGAGAACGGGAUAUUACACAGAGAUAUCAAACCAGACAACAUACUCGUCUUUUCAUUGGAAUUGAAUCAACAAGUUAAUGCUAAGUUGACCGAUUUUGGAUCAAGUAGAAAUAUCAACAUGAUGAUGACAAACAUGACAUUCACAAAAGGUAUCGGAACUCCAGUGUACAUGGCUCCUGAGGUUCUUAAGAAGGAGCAUUACAAGAAACCGGCAGAUGUCUACUCUUUUGCUAUAACUAUGUACGAGACAUUCAUUUGGGGAGAUGCUUUUCCUCAAAAUGAAUACAAAUAUCCGUGGAAAAUAGCAGAUGAAAUAGUAUCUGGAAAUCGACCGCAUUACAUAUGUACAGUCGAACAAAAAUAUCGAAAUGUAAUUGAAAAGAGUUGGACACAGAAUUCAAUGGAGAGAAUAUCAAUAGAAGGAAUAAUUACUCUUCUUAAAGAAUUAUAUUGA